AGACAAUUCAUUCGCUUCUGCUUCUCCUUCUGCCUCUGAAGUGACUUCCCAUCAAACUCAACCGCACCUGCACUUUCAUCGUUCCAGUUUCCACCCACCAUUGAUGGAUUCGACGAUCCAAUCUAUGAUUAACCACUUCAAUCCCAAUCCCAAUCCAAUUUGGAUUUAAUUAACCCAUUCUCUGUCCACGUUAUGCCAAUUUUUGUUGCUGCGUCGUCAUUCACAUAUAUGUAUAUGCAUCUAUGGAAAUUCAGAAUUCUCCAUCCUAUUUAAUGGCUGCCUUCGUUGCCAAGGGAAGAAACGGAACUAACUCUCCACCUACAUCCUACCACGACUCACCAACAGCACACAUUCAUCCAUACAUACACACAAAACCCCCUUCUUCAAAUAUACCCCACAAUCCAAUUCCAAUCCGAGGACCUUCAACAACCAUCCAUGGGGUUCGCCGCCGCGGCUCUUUCCCUCCUCCCGCUCCUCUUACUCGCCGCGGCGCGUGCAGCGCCGCCAAUCCAACGCGCCGCCGUGCCUACCGAGAGAAUUUCCGGCAGCGCCGGCGAUGUUCUUGAGGACAAUCCCGUCGGAAAACUGAAAGUUUACGUCUACGAACUCCCGAGCAAGUACAACAAGAAGGUGUUGCAGAAGGAUCCUCGAUGCCUUACGCACAUGUUCGCCGCCGAGAUUUUUAUGCACCAGUUCCUCUUAUCCAGCCCCGUCCGUACGAUGAAUCCACAGGAAGCCGAUUGGUUCUACACGCCUGUGUACGCCACCUGUGACCUCGCCCCCAACGGCUUGCCGCUGCCAUUCAAAUCGCCGAGGAUGAUGCGCAGCGCCAUUCAGCUCAUCUCCGCCAGGUGGCCGUUCUGGAACAGGACGGAAGGCGCCGAUCAUUUCUUCCUCGUGCCUCACGAUUUCGGAGCUUGUUUUCAUUAUCAAGAAGAGAAAGCUAUUAAACGAGGUAUACUUCCCCUUCUCCGCCGCGCUACGUUGGUGCAGACUUUCGGACAGCGCAACCAUGUCUGUUUAGACGAAGGUUCGAUCACAAUUCCUCCGUACGCUCCGCCGGAGAAAAUGCAGUCGCAUUUGAUCCCUCCCGACGUGCCUCGAUCGAUCUUUGUGUAUUUCCGCGGUUUGUUUUACGACGUGAACAAUGAUCCCGAAGGCGGGUACUACGCGAGGGGCGCGAGGGCGUCGAUAUGGGAGAACUUCAAGAACAACCCGCUGUUCGACAUUUCGACGGAUCAUCCAACGACGUAUUACGAGGACAUGCAGCGAGCAAUUUUCUGUUUGUGCCCACUCGGCUGGGCGCCGUGGAGUCCGCGACUCGUCGAAGCUGUGAUCUUUGGCUGCAUUCCCGUGAUCAUAGCUGACGACAUCGUGCUUCCAUUCGCCGAUGCUAUUCCGUGGGAGCAAAUCGGAGUUUUUGUAGCCGAGAAAGACGUCCCGUACUUGGACACUAUCCUCACAUCCAUCCCCGUUGACGAAGUUCUUAGGAAACAAAGGCUGCUGGCGAAUCCAUCGAUGAAACAAGCUAUGCUCUUCCCCCAACCGGCGCAACCCGGCGACGCUUUCCAUCAGAUUUUAAACGGGCUCGCGCGUAAAUUGCCACACGACAAGAGGAUAUUCUUGAAGCCGGGCGAGAAAGUUCUGAAUUGGACGGCAGGACCGAUCGGAGACCUAAAGCCAUGGUGAUGUAUAAAACACAACUUGAGACUAAUCGUUUUGUUGUGUCGAGGACGAGCUCGAAAAUUCGAUUCUACUUGCACGGAAAUGCAAUGCCUCCGUCGUAGUCGUCAUCGACAAGAUUGAGGAAAGGUAUCUGGGUUUAGGUAACAUUGAACUCAUGUUGUGGGAUGAUUUUCUUGAUAAUGGCACCAAUUAGUAGCUUUGUAGUGUUCCCGAUUUGCUUUAUAUUGAGAAGAGUUUGUAAAGUUUGGUUGGUUAUGAAUUUGGGACCUGUAGAAAUUUAUGUAUAUUAUGAUUUUGUGGAUCGAAAAAAUGUUUAGUGUGUU